AUGCCUGCUGAACACAUCCUCACCCAAGACGCCCCUGCUCCCCUCCCUGGAAUCUACUCCCAGGCUGUCCGAGCUGGCAAUUAUGUCUAUACCUCAGGAUCAGUUGGUAUGACCAAGGAAGGUCAAAUGGUGGAGGGUAAUGUUCAAGACCGUACUCGCCAAGUCAUCCAGAACCUGGAGGCUAUCCUCAGGGGCUCUGGUAUGACUUUGGCCAAUGUCGUCAAGGCCAACAUCUACCUCUCUAACCUCUCCCGAGACUUUCCCGUCGUCAACGAGGUCUGGAAGGAGCUGAUGCCCGACCCCAAGCCCGCUAGGACCUGUAUCGGUGUUGCCGAGCUGCCCGCUGGUGGCACCGAUGUCGAGAUAGAGUUUACUGCUUACGAUGGGUAG